GAAAUUUGCUAAAAUUCAAGAUGGCUUCCGCCUGUGCCCUGGAAUGGGUACCAGAUAAAUUGUAUAAUAUGGCUGUUUCAGCAGUUAUAACUUCGUAUUCUAAGUAUAGGAAAGAACUUAAAGCUCUCCCAGAAAAUGUUCAAUUUGAUAUUUAUUACAAGGAGGGUACGUGUUGACCAAUUCGGGUACGAGUUGACUAGUGGGGGUACGAGUUGACCAAAAAUCGGGUACGAGUUGACCAAAUCGGGUACGAGUUGACCAAAGCUCUACAACAAGGGCCGGCUGUGUCAGUUGGGUAUGGAGUUUUCAGAGCUGGACACCUUCUCCAAGGUUCUCAAGGUCAAUGACAAGAGGCAUCUCCUGCACCACUGUUUUCAAGCGUUGAUGGACCAUGGUGUGCGGGUUUCAGAGAUCCUGGCCGACUCCUUCUUCUGUCAGGCCUACCAGUUCAGACCCAACCCUGCCCAGCCAAAGGACAAACUCAUACAGCUGGGAUUUGCUCUGGGAGGGUUUCUUAGCGAUGCUGGCUGGUACGCCGACGCAGGCAAGGUGUACAGGGCGUGUUUGAAGGUGUGCCAGUUGGAUGUGUCUGUAUCGGGCCUGUGUAAAACACUGGAAUGUGCAGUCAGACUCCUGCAUGUAGAGAACGUAAACUGCGAGUACAAGUCAGCAAAGGAGACCUGCAAGAUGGCGUGUAACCUUAUAGACAUGAUUAGUGCCCAGGGCCUGACCAUGAACAGGGCUACACUCCACACUGAGUGCUGCGCCCUACUGUUUGCUGAGAGCCAGUAUGAUGAGGCCUACCGACACUGCUGUCUAGCCAUGCAGGAAUUGUCCAAGUCUCUACCAAAGAAAGCAGUGGUGGAUGUUCUCAGACAGUGUUCAAAGGCUUGUGUUGUGAAGAGAGAGUUCAAAAGAGCUGAAGUGUUAAUUAAGUAUGCUGUGGAAUUUGCAAGGGAACACUUUGGUAUGCGCCACCCGAAGUAUUCUGAUGCUCUCCUGGACUAUGGCUUCUACCUGCUGAACGUUGACCAGAUAUCAGCUGCUGUGCAAGUCUAUCACAAUGCCCUUGAGAUUCGGCAGUCAGUGUUUGGAGGAAACAAUCUGCAUUUAGCGGUUGCACAUGAGGAUCUAGCCUACGCCUCGUAUGUCCAAGAAUACAGCUCUGGGCGAUUUACAGAUGCCAGAGACCAUUCUGAGAAAGCCAUAGAAAUACUUGAGCACAUUCUCCCUAGUGACCACCUCAUGUUGUCCUCGUCAAAAAGAGUCAAAGCACUGAUCCUGGAGGAGAUUGCCAUAGACAGCCACCAGAAGGAGGUGGAGGAAAAGCUGUUAUGUGAAGCCCAGGACCUCCACCUGCAGUCCCUCGCCCUCGCCAGGAACGCGUUUGGUGAGAACAAUGUGCAGACCGCCAAACACUAUGGUAACCUGGGACGCCUCUACCAGAGCAUGCACAAGUUUGAGGAAGCUGAAAAGAUGCACAUCCAAGCCAUUGAGAUCAAAGAACGGUUGCUAGGCAAUGAUGACUAUGAGGUGGCCCUGUCAGUUGGCCAUCUUGCCUCGCUCUAUAAUUAUGACAUGGAGAAAUGUGUGGAGGCAGAGAAACUCUAUCUGCGGUCUAUCGAAAUAGGUAAGAAAUUGUUUGGGGAAGGUUAUUCAGGCCUGGAGUACGACUACCGAGGCCUGCUGCGACUGUACCGUCACCAAGGCAACUAUGAGAUGGCGGAGCACUAUGCCAACAUUCUCCAGCAGUGGAACCGGCUACGAGACCGGAACAACCUGGAGGAGGUGAAGCCUCUUGAGUUCCAAGUGACAAAGGAGCUCCCGGAACUAGUGACAGAAUAUUUCUGAAAUGCUGGAUCUCGUAGGCUGAGGGUGUUGCUUAUAUUAUAGAUUUGUGGGUGCUUGAGGUCUCGGAAAUUUUAGUUUUUCUGAGUUAACUGACUUGAGUUGCAAGUGAGCUCCCAAAACUAGUGACAGAAUUUUUUUGAAAUAUGAUAGAGCAAGGUUCUGGGGAAACUGGGCUUAAUUCAUGUGUGUACAAUUUUGUCUGGAGAUUAGCCUGUGCAGUCUGAACAGGCUAAUCACAGGGGACACUUAACGCUUCUAUGGUAUUCUUGGUAUAAAGAUAAAGUCUUAUUAAGGAAAAUCCAGUUCAGACACUUUAUGCAUAUGCAUUUAGACGAGUCUUCCCUGAAUUUAUUUUUUGUGGAUUUCACAAUAAUUAUAGAUUUGUGGAAGUGUGAGGUCUUGGAUUUCCUGAGUAAAAUGCCCUGGCCAUGAAGAUUAGAUAGUGUCAAGGGAAAGUAAUUGCCAUAUCAGCCAUAAGUAAAAUUAAAAUAAUCUGAUGAAAACUUGAUAGCAUGUUGUGAUGUCAUGAAAGUAAAAAUAUGACAUUAUUUCAUUGCGCAUGUUUGAUAUAUUGCACUGCGUGAAAAGACACCACAGCAUCCAUAUUAUAUCAUCAAUUCCUUUUACAUGUUGGGUUAAAAAUGUAGUUUAAAUAUUUUGUUAAACAGACAUCAAUUAGGCAGCCAAUAUUUCUUAAUUUAGGCUGUACACAUGUUAAGAGGUUAUAAUCAUAAUCAUCAUCUUCAUCAUCAUUAUUCCCUUUACCGGCCUGGUCAUUAGGGUGGAGGAUGAGGUAUGAUGACACAGAGAUCCUCCGCCAGUCGGGUCUUUUGUGGGCUGCUGGGAGUAUCUCAUACAUGUCCACCAUUUGACAUUGUCCAUCCAGCAUUUUUUCUGAGGGCCUAUACACUGACCUCUCUUCUAGCAUGCCCUAGAGCACAGUCAGCCACAGUGACUCAUGCCUGGUGACAUGUCCUAACCAAGACAGCUUUCGUUUUUUACACUCGCCAGGAGGGGCUCUUGUUGGCCAACAAGCGCUGCGGACAUGUUCCGGACAUAUUUGUUGGUCUUGUGUUCCAAUUAAGAGAUGCAGAGCAGUCUCAUGAGACACUUGUGUUCAAUAAAUUGUCCAUGUUGGAAGCUGUACAAUAGGAUGGAGCCUAUGAGGGACUUGUAGAUAAUAAUAUUUCCAUGCAAAACAUUUGGACAGAAUUUAGCUAGAGGACCCCAGCAUAUUAGGCAUUUGGUAUUGUGCAGUAUAAUGCUAAAAGAGCAGUGUGUUUAUGAUAAAGAUAGAACUCUUGGAAAUUACCAGAGCACAACAUGAUCAUGGUGAGCUGUUGUGAUCGCCUUUUGUAUGUUGUGCGUCAAUGUUGUCAACAUAUACAUUGUUAUCACUCUAUUUGCCACAUUUAUUGUCCAAUUGUCAGAAAUCGUCAAACUUGGUCAGAACAGGUUUCCCAAUGAAAUCUCUGACAAGUUCGAACAUGGUUCUGGUUGGUUGAAAAACAUUGCCACCAGGGGUCGGGCCUUUUUUCUUUAAUGGGUAUAGUUAAAGCUUGUUAACACUCCAGAAGUCACAUUCUUUGUCCAAUUUUCAUGAAACUUGGUGAGAACAUUUGUUUUAAUGAUAUCUUGGUUGAGUUAAACAAAGGUUCUGGUCUGUUAAAAAAACAUGCAAGGGUGCUGGGCUUUUUUCUUUAUAAGGCUUUAUUAAAAUCUUGUUUUCUCUAGAAGUUACAUUUAUGGUAAAUCUUAAUGAAACUUGGUCAGAACAUUUGUUCCAAUGAUAGCUCUGCUUAGUUUGAAAAUGGUUAUGGUUCCUCCAAUAAACAUGGCCACCAAUAAGCAUGGCAUUUUCCAUAUAAGGCAAGAGUAAAACCUUUGUAACACUCUAGAAGUAACAUUUUUAGUGCAAUCUUAAUGAAAAAUAGUCCGAACACCUGUUCUAAUUACGUCUCUGUGGAGUUUGAAAAUUCUUCCGGUAUUUCUUGGGCUGGGCAGUUUUCCUAAUAUGGCUAUUGUGAAACUUGGGUAGAACAUUUGUCCCAAAGAAAUCUCGGCUGAGUUUGAAACUGGGUCAUAUGAGCUCCAAAACAAGGUCAGCAGGCCAAAUAUAAAACAUGUUAAUGCUCAAGUAUUACUACGUGCCACCUCAUUUUUGAGAUACAUUAAUAAAUGAGCCAAUGCAACUUCUGAGGUGGCGGUCAGGCUCAGAUGCUUUGAAAUCUCAUGGAUAACUUUACAGGGUGAUUAGCUUUAUAUGUUUUUUCAACAUAUUUCACAUUAUUUUUAAAAUUGGGCGAUGUAGUGGGAUUCAGCAAAGAUUAAUUAAUAAAAAGAUGUACAGAAACAUACAUUCUCAACCCAUUAAAAAACGUGAGAACCUUUAUAAGUUGUGGCAUGGUGGAGUUUAAAAAGCAUUUUGAUUAGUUUUUCUUGCGUGAUGAGAAAAUUUCCACCCAAUUAAAUCGCUAACAGCAUCAAACGAUUGCAUACAACAUACAUUAGAUGCUUCAUGCACAAAAAUAUUGGCUUCUUUCUGACGUAGUAGAUAAUUUUGCAUUUUUCUAAAAGAGAUGGAGCCAAUGCUUAGGAGGUGACGCUAAUAAUAGGAGGUGGCGCCAAUGCAGGAUGUGUCAAUUAACAGUCGUAUCGCAAUGACUUUACAUGACGUGCAUUUGGUAAAUAAUGUUAUUUGUUAUAUAAAAUUUAUUUUUCAACAUACAUACGAAGGCCAAAAUCUUUACUGAACAUAAACUCAUUCUAUAAUAAAUACAAUGUACUUUUUAUGCCCACAGUAGGGUGGCAUAUAGCAAUUGAACUGUCUGUCAGUCAGUCUGUUCUUCCAUCCGAAAACUUUAUAGUUGCCCAUAACUUUUUCAAUAUUGAAGAUAGCAACUUGAUAUUUGGCAUGCGUGUGUAUCUCAUGGAGCUGCACAUUUUCAGUGGUGAAAGUUCUAUAUCUUGGUCGUCCUUCAAGGUCAAAGAAACUCUUGUUUUAAAAUAUAUAAGUGAUCAUCUCAAUUAAGAAGUCACCAACAUGAAUAAAACAUAUUGUAUGAUAUAUACCAAAAAUUUGAAAUACUCAAUAAAACCAAUAAUUUAAUGUUCAAAAUUAUCAAAAAAAUUCAUUGACCGCAAUAUUUGUAUACAGUAUGAUAAUUCAUGAAAUAAAUAUAGAUAAUACUUCUUCUUGAAAUGAUGAUUUGUGUCCCUUAAUCCAAAUGCUAAAUUUACUAAAAGGCCAAGGUCAACGACUCAUAAUUAGGCUCAUAUAUGUUGAUUUUUCUAAUUACAAACGCUUGCGACUCAAAUGUUCUGAAGUGGUCAACUUACAAAAAAUGAAGUCUUGUUAAAUAGAAUAGAUAAUAUAAUAGAAACCAUAACAUAAAAUAUAUCUUUUUAAAUUAGCUAUAAAUGUGCUUUGGCGCCACCUCUUUUUGUCCCCUACUGGUUUCACCGGAGGGCACUUAUGGUUUGCGCUCUGUGUGUCUGUCAGUCAGUCCGUCAGUCUGUGAGUCUGUCACACUUUUCUGGAUCCUGCGAUAACUUUAAAAGUUCUUCAUAUUUUUUCAUGAAACUUGAAACAUGGAUAGAAGGCAAUAUGGACAUUAUGCAUGUCAUUUCAUUUUGUUCCUACAUCAAAAAGUUCCUUAGGAUCCAUGACCCUCUUGUUGUGCGUGCAGUUUGGCAUGGAUGUAUGCAGUUGUUUAUAUGUCGGAGGCAAUCAAGUGAAGUUGGUAAGAAAAUUGAUUUAUCAUUCUUACAAAAGGUUGUUUAACUUUCUGGGUUUAAAUGAACUUUGAUCUAGUUUUUUGUUAACCAGGUUUUCCGAAGGAAAAAACUGGUUAUUAGAUUGGCGAAUGCGGGCGGGCUGGCGGGCGGGCGGAACAAGCUUGUCCAGGCCAUAACUUUGUCGUUCAUUGUUAGAUUUUAAAAUCAUUUGGCACAUUUGUUAACCAUCAUUAGACGGUGUGUCGCGCGAAAAAAUUACGUCAAUAUCUCCAAGGUCAAGGUCACACUUUGAGUUCAAAGAUAAAAAAUAGCCAUAAAUGAGCUUGUCUGGGCUAUAACUAUGUCAUUCAUUAUGAGAUUUUAAAAUCAUUUGGCACAUUUGUUCACCAUCAUGGGACGGUGUGUCGCACGAAAGAAUCACGUCAAUAUCUCUAAUGUCAAGGUCGCCACGACUAAAAAUAGAUUUAUUGUAAAACAAACUUACAAAGGGGGUUAAUUUUGUUUGUUCAUUUCAAAAGUUCAGUUUGAGUUGUCUCCCUUUAUCAGAUUUUUUUUCCACAAUGAAAACCUGGUUUUGUGACAAUUUUGUCCCUUGUUUGCGCAUUAUUUGUAUGCAUGCUUGCCUGAAACAGAUCAGAAAUUAACCGUGAUUGAUCGUUCUGAGCAUCUAAAGGUGAAAUAAAUGGUAAAUAAGCUCAAAAAGUAAAUGUCAACUUUUAAGUUAGGACUUUUUAUUUUAAGAGGUUAUAAUAUAAUUAAUAAUAUUUAAGUCUUCAAUGGCAUGUUUGUUUUGUUCACAAUGUUUUUAUGGCUUGAAGUUUUUUUCACCACUUUUAUUUAUUAGUAUUUAAAACAUAAAAGGCUUUCCCACCUAUCAAACAAGACAAAUUAAACUUGUGUUACAUAAAUGUUUUUGGUUAUUGUUUACUUGUGUGAUAUUAGUGAUAUUUAAAUGUGAUAAUGUUUAUUUGUUGGGUUUUAUUUUGCUGCUGUCAACGUUGUUAUGCGGUUUAAAUACAAAUGGUGUUUGAAUGCUAUUUGUGAAAUGCAAUAUUUGAGAGUUGUUCAGUAUGCCCUCUAUGAUUUAUUUUAUUGAUUAAUUAUUAUAUUGGAUCAAUGUAUAAUCUGGAUGGCUUUGACUGAUAUUAUUAUAGCAUCACUAUUAUCAUGUAAAAAUGAAACAAAAAACUGAAUCCAAAUGAAGCGAACAAUAAAUGAAGCUAGAACAGUUCUUGACAUUAAUACUUUAGUCAUUAACAUCAGAAUAACCUUUUGAUUGGUAUGAAACUUUCAAUAAGAUAUCUUUGAUUAAAUUUUUUAGUUUUUGAAUCCUUAUAAAUAUGAAAAUAGAAAAUCAUAAAUAUCUAUAUACUGGUUAUAAUUUAAAGUAUGCGUUGGAUCUUUAUUUGAAAACAGGUUUUUAAUUUUUCAUAAAAUAUUGUUUUGUCAGUGCCACUCUUGAUGUGUGGAACGAUGAAACUUUGGAAUAUCACUUUUUCUAUUUGACAGAUCAGUCAAAACACUCCCAUGUUACAUCCCAUGAUUAACCAGAUCAUUUUCAUCAUCCUUCAUUGCGUGGUGUGCAAAUCGUAAACUUUUCACUUGUUACCGUUCUAGAGGCCACAUAAUUUGUACAGUCUUGAAUAACCUUUGGUCAGAUUGCUUAUCUUGAAAAUAUCUAGGGAACAUUUGAAUCUGCCUCAAGUUGAGUCCAAAGCAAGGUCACAGGUUCAAAUGUAGAAAACACUCUUAAUGCUAAUUUGUGUCUCAAUUAUGUCUGAUAAUGUAUGCCAUCGCUAUAUUUAGACAAGCCCUGUCUACUAAAAGCUGCUUGUUAACUAGUUUUAUACUUUACCAAAGAAUGAUGUUUCCCUUCUAAAGAUUUUGACUGUCCAAACUAAUGCUGGAAAAGUGAGGAUUUUCAAACCAGGGCAAAUGUCUGAUAAAAUAUUCCAUGUAUUAAAUGUUGAUGCCAGCUCCCAGAGUUAUUUUUCAAAUGACAGUUUUAGGUGUAUCAAGAUAAACACUGUUAUGUGUUUUUUGCGGGUAUGGACUCGUGUCUGAAUAAAGCAAGUAAUCAUAGUUGUAGUUGAAAUUAAAAGCUGUAAUAAUUACAAAAAAGAAUAUACUAAUCUGAUCUAUUUGUGCGCAGAGCGCCUCAUUCUGGUGUAACAGUUGUAAUUCGACUUAAGAAUGACUUUUCCUGGUGCAGUAUGUGUUGUUGUUUAAUAUUUAAAAUUUGCCAGUACAUUAUAUACAUAAUUAUAUUAUGUAUGUAUAUAGACACAUACGGUUUGGCGUGUUUUGUCAUGGGUUUGUUACUGAUAUGUAAUGAAAUGUACGAUUAUUUGUAACAUAAUAAUUGUCAGGCUAUUAAAAUGUUGAAAAUUG